CCGAGCCCAGGCACCCGAGUACUUAGGCGCCUCAAGGCUUCCUUUACACUCUCUGUCUUAAGGCACUCUCGUUGGCAAAGCUUCGGUUUUCGUAUCUGUGCAUUGACAGCUUGUGUCAGCGCCCGCCCAUCUGUAUAAUUUUUUAUCUACGAACUCGUCAGUGCCGACCAGUGAGACCAGUGGGCCCCGGUGUUCCUCUGGGCAUACCCCAAGUCGCGCAACGUCUCAUAGAUCCGGCAACAAUGGAAGAAGGGAAUCAAGGCGGCAAUCCAACACUCUUCGGACAUCUUCAGACGGAGUUCCAAUCCGCUGCAAGAGCAGAUCAACCGUAUCAGUGCAGCACCGAUGAAUAUCGUAAAUCAUACUCUGGACAUAGCGCUCGUCUUCCCUAUAGAGCACAUGAAUGCAUUAAUUUUAGCGACGUUGAUAUGUUCGAGAAGGCCCAGGAAUUUUACAGGGAACACGCCAACGACAAUAUUACCUCUGUAAUGGUUACAAAAGCUUUGGCAUUGAUACUGCUCGUCGUCCCUCUCCUGCCUCUCAGCCUCCUAGUGCUCGUUUGGUCAUCCUUCGUCUUACUCAUCGAUGCGUUUUCACAGCCAGAGGCGAGGCACAAACUAGAAUUCAUCUUCCCAGUUUAUAGAGUUGCCUUGAACAUGAGCAUAUGGAUUGUAUAUGUUCCCUCGAUUAAGCUCGCCGGCCGAGGAGGGCUUUCAGGUCUAAUGCUGCCUAGCUUAUCACCUGGGUUCCAGCAUCUCCAAGCUGAUACGGAAAAUAAGGGAAACGAAUUGAUAAAGAGACGGGAAGAUGCUUACUCAAAAUUGAAGACUCUGCUGGCACGAGCGUCCCAGGAAGAGGACGCUGCAUUAGAAAAGGUCUAUAAUGUAACGAUUAAUUCCCCGAGGGAGGAAUUUCGUAAAGCUUUUGAGGAUUGGAAAGCCUGCGAGACCAACCGGAAGUUUAUCGAUAACAGAGUCAAUGAAGUCAAAUUAGAGAUUAAAGAGAUACGCGAGCUCGCCAAAACACAAGCAUGCAUGCAAAAUACCGGAUAUAAAGGCAUUGCGGAUUGGGCGAAGGACGCAUGGAAUGCUUACGACAAUCUCAUCACGGCAAUGACUGCUGUGUGUGGUCUCGGUGCUGGUUUAAGUUACACAUCAAUGACCUCGGCAUCGCGUGGCAAUGUCUCAUAUAUGUGCUAUAGCUUCGCUUUAUUCACCAUUGGGCUCAUGCUCACCUCCACGGUCCAAGGACUUCUAACGUGGUGCUCGCGGCUCCAUGAUUACCCAUUCACUACCCCCUACAUAUGGGAGAUCAUCAUUGCAGUGGGCGUCUACGGGGCCUUGGGAUCUGUAGUUGCUGCUAUGUUGUGGUUGAUGGUCUCAAUCCAGGUGCUGGAUUAUCCUAUAGGGUCAUUCCCACAUGGUGCCGCUGGUGAGGAUGCGCCACUUGUCUUCACUAUCCCACCACAACCUGUGGCAUACGCAACAUACGGUCUUUUCGGAGCGGGAAUCCUUGUCACUUUGGUAAUAUUUCUCCUUUUCUGUUCGGCAAAUGGAUACAGGACGCUCGUCUGGCGGAGGUCCGAAGAACGCAAACGUGUUGCUGCAGACAUCAAGACUCUACAAGACUAUGACCCUGCGCAAGCCCCAAGUGUACCUCACCGUGGCGGAGUCCUCUUCUCUGCUAGAGCCAUUGUGACAGCACCUUCAAUGGCCCAGCAACCCAAUAAUACGGCACCUCCGCCUUAAAACCCUCUUUCUAUUUUGGCUGGAAUAUUUCCAUGGAUAUCCCUAAUCGCACUGCUUGCAAUACUCUCUUUCAACCUAGUCAUUUGUUGUGCAUGAUGUAAUAAGGAUUAUUAGUACAUGUGGCUCCCUAAUAGAGGAUGGUAGUCUUUACGUC